UUUUUAGUUCUCGGAACCUUAAAAAAAUUUUUUCUUUUGAAAUUUUUAAACGAAAUUUUUAUAUUUCUACAUAAUUUAAUGAAUUCUGAAGGCUCCUCUACAACAACUUUAGCAAUAUCUUGUGUUAAAUGUACUGAAGGAGAUGGAAGUUUUUUUCGUUUGGAGAAUACAAAAUUGGCUGGAUAUUGUAUUAAAUGCUUUCCUAAAGUUAUUCAACACAAAUUUGCUUCUUCUUUGGGAAGAAAUCGGGUUUUUAAGACUCCAGAACAGAGAAAUGCUCUUUUAAUAUUCACAACAAACAAGCAACUAGAAUCCCUUCAAUUACUCAACUUAACAUUUAAAGCAAUAUCAGGGCCAGAAGAUCAUCGAAUAUUGAAGCUUAAUGCUAAAGUUUUGGUUCUUUUUGAGGAUUUAAUUGACUCUGUGGAAUUAAAUAAACAAUUAAAUUUAUUAAAAAUAUUUUUAAUUAAACAAAAAUUUUAUUCCAAAUGGAAUUGGCGUUUUGGACAUUUGGCUGCUAUUUUUAAUAAAUUUGAGCAUUUUUCGAAGGAAUUUGGAAGAAAUGAGGGAAUUGAUGGAGAAGAAAAUGUUUGGGGUUUUUUAAAUUUUUUAACUAAAAUUGGGGGUAUUUUGAAAAUCUAA